AUGCCAGCGCGAACGGGACAGGAAUAUAUCACCGGCCUGAAGGAACGACCCCGGGAGGUGUGGCUCCAGGGUGAGCGCGUUAAGGAUGUAACCACGCAUCCGAAGUUGCGCAACGGCGUGCAAUCGGUCGCCGCGCUCUACGAUAUGCAGCACGAUGCCGCGCUCAGCGAGGCGAUGACCUUUGCCUCGCCAUCUACCGGCGAUCCGGUGGGAAUAUCCUUCAUGGUGCCCCACACCGGGGAAGACUUGGAGCGCCGCCGCGAGAUGAUGUCCCACUGGGCCUGGGCAAGUUGCGGCAUGAUGGGGCGUUCCCCAGAUUUUAUGAACACCAUAUUCACGGCGUGGGCCGGGUCCGCCGACUACUUUGCCCGGGACCGGCCCGAGUUCAAGAAGAAUGUGCUGGCUUACCACGAGUUCAUCCGGGAGAACGACGUAACGCUCACCCAUGCCCUGGUGAACCUGCAACGACGGCGCAGCGUUGGUCCGGCCGAUUCGCUGCACGAAAACGUGGCGCUUACGCUGGUCAAGGAAACUGACGCUGGCAUCGUGGUCCGUGGCAGCCGCACACUGGCGACUCUGGGUCCCAUAUCCGACGAAAUCGCCAUCUAUCCGGUGGCGAGCCAUCGGCUGGACGACGAAGCCAGGCGCCAGGCGUUCUCGUUCUCAAUUCCCUGUGAUACGCCGGGCGUGAAGUUCCUGUGCCGGGAGAGUUUCGACCUGGGACGAUCCCACUUUGACCAUCCGCUGGGAUCGCGGUUCGAGGAAAUGGACUCGGUGGUGUUCUUCGACGACGUGUCCGUACCGUGGGAGCGGGUGUUCCUGCUGGGGGACGUGGAGUUGUGCAACGGUUACGCGUCCGGCACGCAAUCGGACGCCCACACCGGGCACCAGGUGCUGAACCGGUGCCUCACCAAGGCCGAAUUCGUGCUGGGUCUGGCGGAUUUGAUUGUGGACACGCUGGGGUCGGGUACGAUACCGCACGUGCAGGAGAUGGUGGCCGAGUUAAUCACCCAGCGGGAUUUGCUGCGGGCCUGUCUGCGCGCAUCCGAAGCCGACGCCAAACCCAACCAGUGGGGCAUGAUGUGCCCCGACAUGAACUCCAUCCGAGCCGGGCGCACCAUGUUCGGCCGCACGGUGUUCCCGCGGAUGAUCGAGAUUAUCCAGCUGUUGAGCACCGGCAGCCUGAUGGCGCUGCCGGCGGAAGCCGAUUUCGAUGCUGGCAUUGCCGCCGAGGUGAACCAGUAUUUCGCCACCGAUUCCACAUCCGCGCGGGACCGGGCCAAACUCUUCCACCUGGCCUGGGACGUGUCGUGCAGCUCGUUCAGCGGCCGGCAGGUGUUGUACGAGCGGAUGUUUGGCGGCAAUCCGGUGCGGAACUCGCUGGCCCUGUAUACCAACUACGACAAGGAACCCUACAAACAGAAGGUGCGCGCUUUUCUCGAGAAGGAAGACUGA